AUGCGUGCUAACAACGAACACAGAAAGCUAGCUCUAAAAGAUUUUCAAGAUCAAGACAUCAAGGCUGUUUUAGAGCGACCAGCAUUUUGUCAGAAGAAACACCAUGAAAACAAAGAAUUGGAGCUCUUUUGCAAGGACUGUAAAGUCGUCAUUUGUAGCACUUGUGCUGUAACACUUCAUGAAGGUCAUGGUAAGAUGCCCUUGCAGGAAGCUACUGAUGGGCGCAAGACACAGAUCAACUCCAUGAUUCGAUCUUUGAAAGACAAAGUACUGGAAAAACAAAAGGAAGUCGAACAAUUCGACCAAAGAAGCAUCGCAUUUCAAUCGAAAUUAGCCGAGGUAAAAAGCCAAGUGCAGUCUUUUGUAGACCAAAUUAUUGCAAUCAUCGAAGCGAGAAAACAAGAUGUUUUUGAUGAGAUUGAUAACCAAGCGAAAAAAUCACUGGAAUCUCUGUCACAGAAAAAAGACAAAGUUGAAAAUCAAGUGAAAUUAAUUAAAUCAGCAAUUGAAGAAACUGAAACUCUGUUGAAACGAAGCUUUAAUACUGAAAUCCUGGGAUUCAGUGAAACAUAUUAUUCAAUCCUACAGGAACAGAGCACCCAAGAAAACCGUGACAUUGAAUAUAUUCCUCGGUUUAGUUUCACUAAAAGUGAAAAACUGAUUAACCUUCUGAGCAUGAGCGAGGGGAUAGGUAAUGUAGAAUUUGUUUUUAGCGAAACUAAAGCGCAACAGUCAGGAACUAGAGGUAAAGAAAGUUGUAAAGUAAUUGCUGGGGAUAAAGGGGCAAAUGUUUGUGACAGUCCUCUUGAGGCUCAGGUACAAACCAGGCGCUUCAGAUCUGUGCUGUCAUUUGGACAAAAAGGUGAGUCUGUUGGAAUGGUUAAUUCUCCUCGGGGUGUGGCAGUAAAUGAUCAUGAUGAAAUUGCUGUGACUGAGUUCUGUAACCACAGGGUUUCAGUGUUUAGUAGUGACGGUACCCACUUAAAAUCGUUUGGUAGAAUCGGUGACAAUAAUGGUGAGUUCCGGUUCCCUACAGGGAUCUCUUUUGAUAGUCAUGGCAAUAUUGUAGUGGCAGACUCUUGGAACCACAGGGUGCAAAUCUUUGAUAGGAAUGGUAACUUUCUUAGUAAGUUUGGUGAAAAAAUAGUUCGUGUUCACCGGCUUUUUUAUCCUGAAGGUUUAUCAAUAAACGGUAACGGUGAUAUUGUUGUUUCUGAUGAAGGUAACAAAUUAAUCAAGAUAUUCUCUUCUAGUGGCGAGUAUUUACGUAAAUUUGGUGGAGCAGGUUCUUUGGUCAGUCCCUAUCACUGUAUCCAACACGGUCAAUAUUUUAUAGUCUCAGAUGCUGGUGACCAUUCCAUUAAAAUGUUUGAUCUUAAAGGGAAGUUUAUUUCUAAAUUUGGAAAACAGGGAAACAAGGAUGGAGAGUUCAAUGAGCCCCGUUACUUGUCAGUUAACAAAGAAUUAUUGCUAAUGGUCUGUGAUUCAUACAAUCACAGAGUGCAGGUAUUUGAACUGAGUGGAAAGAUUGUUACAAAGUUUGGAAGUGAAGGUAGUGAGAGAGGAAAGUUUAAGUUGCCAGUGUCAACAGCAAGUCUUAGUGAUGGAAGGAUAGUUGUGUGUGAAACGAAUAACAACCGCAUCCAGGUUUUUGACGGGAUAUAA